AUGCCCCACAAUGACGCCCUAGUGGUAACUCUUCGCGUCAAAGACCUUGACAUCAAGAGGAUCUUGAUCGACCAGGGGAGUUCGGUCGAAAUUAUGUACUAUGACGCGUUCAAACAAAUGAAGUUGGAGGAUAAGGACUUGGCCCCUGCGACGUCACCUUUGGUUGGCUUCAACUCUCAGCCAGAAUUGCCGGUAGGGAAGAUCAUACUGCCAGUCAAAGCGGGUUCAGUCACAAAGCAAGUAGAGUUCUGGGUGCUCAAAGUCCCAUCCACCUACAACUUAAUUUUAGGCAGGGGCUGGUUGCACGCCAUGCAAGCAGUAGCGUCGACUUACCAUCAGGUCUUGCACUUUCCGGCGCCAAACGGACAAAUAGAGAAAGUCUGGGGAGACCAGGUGAUGGCGAAACAAUGCUUUAUUGCGGUAAAUGGCAGCCGAGCAGCUAAAGGAUUUGUCCAAAUGAUUGAGGGACCCGAGGGAAAGGAGGUCCUUGAAGAUGUAGGAAGAAAGGCCGAGGAAAAAUCGGUCGAGGAUUUGGUGGAAGUGCGCAUCGACGAGAAUGACCCAACUAAGUUCUUCCUCUUGGGAUCAUCUUUGUCUAGCGCCGAGCAGUUGGAUUAUGUCAACUUCUUCGUUUCCAACAUGGAGGCUUUUGCGUGGACGCUUUACGAUAUGCCUAGCGUCGACCCUAACUUCAUUUGCCAUCAGUUGAAUGUCUUUCCUAAUGCACGGCCGGUCAUCCAAAGGACACGCCGCUCGGCUCUGCACCAUGCCGAGGUAGUAGUAGAGGAGGUCAAAAACUUGUUGGAAGCAGGAGCGAUAGAAGAAGUGCAAUACCCUCGAUGGAUAUCCAACACGGUGGUAGUCCCGAAAAAGAAUGGUAAGUGGCGAGUCUACGUUGACUACAAGACGGUCAACCGUGCUUGCCCAAAGGAUAGCUUCCCUUCCCUCGAAUUGACCAGCUGGUGGACUUGA